AUGUCAAAGGGACCCAACGCCAACGCGGACUUCCAGAACCAGUACAACGCCUUCAAGGAGUCGCUGCAGCAGCUCAGCAGAAAGAUUGGCGAGAUCGAGGGCGAAAGCGAGGAGCACAAACUCGUUCUCGAAACGCUGCAACCCAUGGCCGACGACCGAAAAUGCUUCCGUAUGAUCGGCGGCGUCAUUGUGGAGAAAAACGUCAAGGACGUGCAGAAGGACCUGGAGACCAACUUUGAGCAGCUAAAAAAGGUGACGGACCAGCUCAUGCAGCAGUACGCUAAGGUCCAGAAGGAAAUGAAGGACUGGCAGGUCAAGAACAACGUCAAGGUUGUUCAGCAGUAG